AUGAACUACCACGAACUACAUCUUCGCAUCUCCAAAGAGAUUGAAGACAAAUCAGGAGAAGGGACCGCCUAUGGCAAUAUGGGAACCGUCUAUCGGAAUCUGGGUAAAUUUGAGGACGCAAAAAACCUUCUCGAAAAGCAACUCGAGAUUGCUAAACUUGUGGGAGAUAGACAUGAAGAGGCUAGUGCAUAUUCUAAUCUAGGCAACGCUGUUUAUUCUUUGGGUAACUUAAGAAGAGCUGUAGAAUAUCAUGAGCAACACUUGAGAAUUGUUAGGGAACUAGGCGAUAAAGCUGGAAUAGGACGCGCUUAUGGCAAUUUAGGUAAUGCCUACUGUUCCCUUGGAGACUUCGAAAAAGCCGUAUCAAACCAUACCCUUCAUCUGAAAAUUGCGAAAGAAGUAGGAGACAAAGCUGGAGAAGGACGUGCGUAUGCCAAUCUGGGUAUUGUUCGUCAUAAGUUAGGUGAAUAUGAGUUAGCCUUAGAUAACCAUCAUCGGCAUCUUAACAUUACCAAAGAGAUAGGAGAUAGAGCUGGAGAAGGUGGAGCAUUUGCAAAUCUUGGAAAUGUGUUUAAUUCUCUUGGUGAUUUCAAUAAGGCUAAGGAAUACCACGAGAGACACUUGCAAAUUGCUAAGGAACUAGGAGACAAACCUGCGAUAGGUCAGGCAUACGCCAAUCUUGGUGUUGCCUAUAGUAAACUUGGCGAUUUCAAAAAAGCCAUAUGGCACCAGGAAUUAGUUCUUAGUAUUGCUAAGGAGGUGGGAGACAAAGUAGCAGAGGGAUGCGCAUAUGCCAAUCUCGGGAAUAAUCAUUCUUCUCUCGGUGAUUUAGAACGAGCGCUAGAAUAUCACAGCGUACAUCUAAUCAUCGCCAAAGAAGUGGGAGACAAAGCUGGAGAAGGACGUGCGUAUGCCAAUAUUGGAAAUGAUUAUUUUAGUCUUGGUGAUCGAGAACGAGCGCUACAGUAUCACGAAAUACAUCUUAGAAUUGCCAAAGAAGUGCGAGACAAAGCUGGAGAAGGAUGUGCAUAUGCCAAUCUUGGAAAUAAUUAUUUUGCUCUCGGUGAUCUAGAACGAGCGCUACAGUAUCACGAAAGACAUCUUAGAAUUGCCAAAGAAGUGGGAGACAAAGCUGGAGAGGGAAGUGCAUAUGCUAACAUUGGAAAUGCAUUUUUCUCCCUCGGUGAUUAUGAAAAAGCUGUCGAAUAUUUCCAACUGCAUCUCACUUUUGCCCGCAAAGUUGGAGACGUCGUGGGAGAAGGGAGUGCAUAUGCAAAUCUAGGCAAUGCUUAUGGUGUACUCGGUGACUCUCAGAAAGCUUUAACUUUCUACGAAAAACAGCUCCACAUUGCGAAAGAAGUGGGUGACAAACCUUCUGAGGGGCAUGCAUACGCCAACCUUGGAAAUGCUCAUCUUAAUCUUGGACAAUUGUUCGAAAGUGAAAGGUGCUAUGAAUCCAGUGUGAGAUUGUUUGAUAGCAUGAGAGAACUUCUUCUUCUUAAAGAUGAAUGGAAAAUUUCCUGGCGGGAUCUUCAUAAUAAAGUCUACACUUCCUUUUGGACAGUUCAAUUAAAAGUAGGAAAAGUUAAGGAAGCUCUUUUUACAGCAGAGCAAGGACGAGCCCAAGCAUUAGCAGAUCUCAUGAAAUUACGUCAUUGUAUUGAUAAGGUUUCUCUUGUAAAGGAUAUCGAGACUUGGUUCGACACAACGACAACAAUUUUUAUGGCCAUUGGCCACAACAAUGUUAACCUCUGGGUUUUGGGAGAAGGGAGAGUUGUGCAAUUUGCACAAGUUGAAUGUACUAAAGAUUUUUUACAGAGAGUAAGUUCAGUCGAUGAAACUGUUAGAAGAUCUAAGGAGAUCGAGGAAAUUACAAUAAACGGUAUUGAAAGCCAUUUACCAACUUAUUACGAGUUUCUCAUUGCUCCUAUCAAAAAAUAUAUUAGAGGCCAAGAGAUAAUAAUUGUGCCCGAUGGUAAACUCUUCUGGGUUCCUUAUGCAGCACUUCGAGACCACGACAAUAGGUUUUUGGGUGAAUAUCUCAGAAUUAGACUAACACCAUCGCUGACAAGUUUAAAGUUGAUUGUGGAUCGUCCGGAAAACUACUACUUUGACCGUGGAGCGCUGCUUGUUGGAGAUCCAUGGAUCAGUUCUGAUGAGAAGGGGAACGUUUUCUCUCCGCUCCCAUAUGCUAAGAAAGAAGUGGAAAUGGUUGGAAGAAUUCUCAACGUGACGCCUCUCACAGGAAGACUUGCAACAAAAUGUGAAGUGUUGAAACGGGUCAGCUCUGUGUCCCUGAUACACAUUGCCGCUCAUGGUUGUAUUGAAACUGGUGAAAUUGCGUUGUCGCCCAAUCCCGAGAGACCAAGGGCGGAUGUCACUGAUGAAGAUUUCAUCCUGACAAUGACAGAUGUGUUACAAGCAAAUAUUCGAGCUAGACUAGUUGUACUAAGUUGUUGUCAUGCCGGCCGAGGAGAAAUUAAGGCUGAGGGUGUGGUGGGAAUUGCGCGAGCUUUUUUAGGUGCUGGUGCUGCUUCUGUUUUGGUGUCCCUAUGGGCCAUCGACGACGAGGCCACCUUCGAACUCAUGAAACCGUUUUACCAACAUCUAGUUGGUGGCAAAAGUGUAAAUGAAUCUCUCAGUUUUGCCCAAAAGGUCUUACGAGAAUCAAAGAAGUUUAGUGACUUCAAGUACUGGGCUCCUUUUGUGGUAAUUGGCAACGAUAUGACAUUGUUUAAAGGAUGAGAAAAACUUCAGCUUAGUAGAUACUGGCCGUGAAGUUAACCGUGGAUGACUUCGUUCAGAAAUUUUUCACCUCCUCAAUCGACUUAGAGGCUUCAAUGCAAUGGCAAUUUACCUUGGCGUUUUCGACGAGGUACGUGGGGUUGAACAACCAUAGACUUAAAACCAGAAGAAAAGAUCGUGAUAAUUAAGGUAAGCUCAAGAGAAUAAAAAGGUAACCAAAGUAUGGAAUUAAAACUGACUAAAUCAUGAAUACUUGAUAAUUACACACACCCACACACGCUCAUACUUUGAGAGGAAUUUAUUUGGGCCGAGUAUAUGCAAGAAAAACAUGAAAAUACUCCUCACGGAAAUUUAAGCCGAAGCAUUAACAUCUUGAUUACAGAAUUGGUUGACGUUUCCUUCUGAAAAAUGGGUCUGUCAUGUUUCCGAACGAAAAACUUCCAACCGAUGAAAAUUACAACGCCCAAUGUAAGGUACGUAGAAGGCAGAGUGGAAAGUGGCACUUUAUAUUAAGUUAGUGGGAAAUAACACUGUUUGUUCAAUGAAUGGCCUUUUGUUUGUUGGUCUGAUUAGUAUUUUGUAUUUUCAGCGAUUAAAUCAGUCAUCAAUUGGUAAAAAAAAGUCAACAUGGAAAUUAUUUGUAAAUUCAUCGUAGUGUUGCCACGGAGUGAAAUGUGACUUUUAUAGAUUGAUUUUUUUUGUCAUGCUAGCUUACUCGUAUUUGUUGUCUCCUUGAUUUCUUUACGAUAGCACGUUUGAAUCUUACAGCGAAAUUGUCAAUUUCAAUUUAAAUUUUACUAGAUUUUUGUAGGACAUAUUUUGAAUGUUCUAUUACCUUAUCCUUUCCAAUCUCUCGGGUGCCUGGGAAGCCACUGUUACUUGUUGUGUCACGCUGACAGAAACACUUCAUUCAGCGCGAGCAGCAGUACUCUCAGUCCUUUUAUAUCAACAAAACCAUAACUUUAGGAUAAGUUCGGGUGAUGGGAGAAAUUGUGACCCAAGUUCAUCUUAAUUCUUCAUAGUUUGAGCAGGGUACUCGACGUUAUAACGCUUAUAUACAAUUCUGUUUUCAGCCAAUCACAGUACAAUGGCCCGUGAACCUCUCAUAGAACGACUGCUAAGGACUCCAGCAUUCGUAAUGUUGGGAGUAUAUGCAAUACCACAGUAAUACAAAUGCUUUUAGUAAAACUUUUUUUAAUUGAUUAAUUUGUUUUCUUUGUUACCAACUUCUCUUCUAAAUUUCAGAACAUGAAUACUGGUGGAUUCAGAAACAGGAUGCCAUCCUGUGUCAGUGAGCUAUGCGGUUCUAACGGGUCAGUAACAACACUUAUUUCCAGGGGUUUCAAUAACCUUUUCUAAAAGCGGCUGCCGAUGGUACAAUUGGUGACUGUACCUGGAACAGGGGUCGUAAGGUGGAACCCAAAGUAAAUGGCCUGUUUGAAGAACAAAUGGCGGCAACCGGCAUCAGGUGGUGGAAACGGGCAUUAGGCGGUGGUAAGUGGCUUUGAUUGAAACUCUUGCUAAGUGAAGACAAAGGGGUUUUUUCGUCUAAUCAUGAGCAUGGCUUAACGAAAAAACCUUUGCAUCUGUGUGAGGAAUUGAGACUCGUAGACUCAGAAUAUUUUUGUGCCACACUCGUAUCAAGAACGGCUACAUGUUUUUCUCUAUUUCAUUUCCGAGCUCAAGAACCGUCUAGAUGGUUUCUAAUGGGAAUUAAUCAUCCUUUAUGGUGACCCUAUUGUUUUACUUGUAAAUAGGGCUUCUGUUCAAGCGUGUUCUACUAUAAGCAUUUCAAGGAUUAGCCUUGUGAUCGAUAUAACGCGCGCUCUGACUGACCAAAAGUAAGAGCAAAUCAGGGCAUUGCGCUCCCGUUUUAUCCAACUGGCCGAUUACGAAUUGUGCAAAUUAAGAAGGGAACGUGAGAUCUUUCAAAAUUUCUCUCACCAAUCAGAUCGCUGCAUUUGGGUAUGUAUCCUGCACUAAUCAGAUUUUCGCAGAUGGGUAUGUAUCUCGCACCAAUUAGAUUGCAGCAUUAUGGUGUGUAUCUCGCACCAAUCAUUACAGCAUUUGGAUAUCUUGCACCAAUUACAGCGUUUGGGAAUUGUUUUCUGGCAAAUGAUGUUAUGGAAUCAGGGGGCUGUGCACAAAGAAUGACAUUAACCAUAAACUUUUGGCUCAUUUGAUAAGUAUUAUGGUUUGUGGCCUUAUCGAUAGCCUAUGGAAGGUUCGCAUUUAACUUUUUUGUAUCAUUUUUAGGUUAAAACGUGUUUUUCCGCUCCUUUACUCACAACUCACCCGCCAUACUACUUACAUUACAUCGCGUACCAUGAAAACAACGUCCAAAGUCCAAUCAGAACAUACCCACUCGUUGCAUUACAUGAACAUUUGGCAAUUUUUCACGUGCUGGAAUUGUACUCCCAUCAUCAAAUUCCAUUUUGCCAUAUUGGACUUCACUCUAUCGCAUGUCAUUUCCUUGUAAACAACCUGCGUUUGAUCACUUAUUUUAACCGCAUUGUCCAACCCCACUGAAAAAAAUCGCAUGGACUAAAUGCGACUAAUAGUGAAUUUUCCCGCCUUUUGGUUUUAUCUACAAAUAAAAUCGGCUUUAAGCCACCUAGGACUUUAUCAAAUUGCGUGUUAAUUCCAUGGAAACAACCUGCAUUUUAUCAUAUAUUUCACACACACAGGGCAAAGUCCAGGUAGGUAACAACCAAUCAAAGAGCCCUCUUUGAAAUGUUCUCCUUUUCUCAUGUUCAAUGUAUCUUCACCCAUUUGAUUUUUAUGAUAAAGAACCAAAAACAAUGGUGACGUCUUAUAUGCUCUGACUUCUAAACGUUGAGAAGCGAGAACCUAUUAAAAUGCUUGGUUAAUUCAGUUUAUCAGAUGAAUAUAUAUUGAAUGCUCUUCUCAGACCUAAAUCCAUGCCGUGGCGUUCACUGUCCAUCAUUUGGAGUCUGUCAGACCUACAGUGCUCAUCAAGCUCGCUGUGAGUGUUUCAAAGACUGCCUGUCAUAUCAGGACCCGUAUCAGGACCAAUGGAACUACAUAUGACAACAAGUGCUGCCAUGAAUUGAACUACUGCAAGAGACUGGCGAAUAAUCUUGUGUAUCACCCAGGAAGCUGCUAUG